AUUUGAAUGCCAAGUCUAUAUGUCAUUUUCAACACGACUUCAAUCUUCAUCGGCGUUAGAUUUGGUUCCGCCUCUACUAAUCAACAUUGAAGGUUGUGUACCUCUUGAUCUAGUCAAAAGCUUGAUAGAUCUUCAUGAGAAGCCUUUAUGUCUAGAUGUUAGAGUGACUGGGAGACGUAACCGUACUGUCUAGUUCGUUUUCACUUUUCCGCACCAAACCAAUAUCAUGUCUCUUCCGCAUACCGUUGAAGUCUUGGUUGUUGGAAGCGGCAAUGCGGGCUUCUCCGCCGCCGUUUCCGCCGUACAAAACGGAGCCCGCAAUGUUCUUCUCAUAGACAAAUGCCCCGAAAACUGGGUUGGAGGCAAUUCGUAUUUCACAGCCGGCGCAUACCGAAUAGCCCACAACGGGCUCUUGGACCUCCUUCCUAUCGUCAACAAUGUAGACGAAGAGCUUGCGGGGAAGAUCGACCUUGAUCCUUACACAGAAACCAGUUUUGCAAACGACAUGCAACGCAUCUGUUUGGGGCGAUCAGAUUCUAAGCUGAGCACAGCCCUGAUUGAGGAUUCUAACUCGACUGUGAAGUGGCUGGCAAGUAACGGCGUUCGAUUCCAGCUCUCCUUCAAUCGACAGGCGUAUCUGGUCGACGGACGGUAUAAAUUCUGGGGUGGCCUGUCGCUUAAGACUGAAGAUGGGGGCAAGGGACUCAUGGAGGAUCAUAUUGCUAUCGCCAAAAAGCAUAGGGUGCAAAUGGUUUGGGACACGGCGCUGACUGGAAUCUCGGUGGAAAGUGACGGGUCUGGGGUAUCUGCACGGGUGCAUCACAAAGGCCAGGAAGGCAUCAUUCGGACGAAAGCGCUCAUCCUAGCUAGUGGUGGUUUUGAAUCCAACCCCAAGCUUCGUUGCCAAUUCCUAGGUCCGAAUUGGGAUUUGGCCUAUGUUCGUGGCACCCCAUACAACACUGGAGACUGCCUCGAGAUCGCUCUGCGUGAUCUCGGCGCCCUACCGGCUGGCAACUGGUCGGGCUGCCACUCAGUGGCGUGGGAUUACAGCAACGCGGACCCCCACACAGGGGACCGAGUAGCCUCGAACGAGUAUACCAAGUCAGGUUACCCCCUAGGACUAAUGUUGAACGUCGAAGGUAAGCGAUUCGUGGACGAAGGCGUUGACCUGAGGAACUACACGUACGCUAAAUUUGGUCGCGCAAUUUUGGCACAGCCCGAGAGCAUAGUAUUUCAAGUCUGGGAUGCUCGCACAACUCCAUGGCUACGAUCCGAAGAGUACCGCGAGGAGCGCGUCGAGAGAAUCACUGCGUCGACAAUCGAAGAGCUCGCCGACAAGUGCCAACUGCGCGGCCUGCACAACCGGGAUGAUUUCGUUUCUACCAUCCGCGAAUACAACGAUGCAGUUUAUGCUCAUCGCAGGGAAAAUCCUGAGGCGGUUUGGAACCCCGCGAUCCGAGAUGGCUUGUCCACUCAAUCAUCUUCGACGAGGCUUCCACUGGCCAAGUCUAAUUGGGCUUUGCCCCUGGAUCAAGCCCCUUACCUUGCGGUCAGAGUCACAUGCGGCAUUACUUUCACUUUUGGUGGUCUCACUAUCGACCCUGAGAGUACCCAGGUCAUCAGCAGCUUGACUAGAAAGGGCGUGCCCGGAGUCUUCUGUGCGGGGGAAAUGGUGGGAGGUCUUUUCUACUCAAAUUACCCCGGCGGGAGCGGUCUCACUUCAGGCGCAGUUUUUGGUCGUAGAGCUGGCAAAGCAGCGGCAGAACUUGCGAUGCGGAGAUCUGAGGGCUCUGGGUAAUCAGUACUAGGUACUAGGUACCUACCUCCAGAUCCGACGUAUUCGUUUUUCAUCAUAUAUAUAUCUCUGGCGUCCCCGUGCCUGAUUGCUUGAAAUCCUGGCCUACCUGACUCGGUCUCCCGAGUCACUAGUACUAGCUACCUAGUAUCCAAUAUGUGGGAUGCUACUAUAUCGUGUUGAAAGGACAGACCCUUCUGCAUCUUAGAACUAACCUACAGCACGCGAGCAAGGUCUAGAAAACGACAUAACAUAAACGAAGGGGGAAUUGUAUAAAGAUAAUUUGAGAACAGUUAUAUUCAAAGUCAAUCAUGAAAUUUGGCAUUUGGAUUCUACACUCUUAGUGGUAUCUGCUUAGGUACUAGGUACUUUUAAGGGGUCAGAUCUGAACCCCAUGUUAGCUCAACACUUAGAUCAACGCUUUGAGCCAACGAUUAUUCUAUCAUAUCAAA